CCCAAACCCAAAAGUUACUUAUAACACCAGAAACAAAAAAAAAAAAAAAGCAUCUCAACACAGAAAACCAGAGAAAAACCCCCAACAACAUCAAUGGAGGAAGCAACAAAGGCCAUACCUCACCAGAUUGGAGGCAUCCAAAAUGAUGCACUUCGCUUCGGCAUUCAUGGCGUCAAAAGUGAUAUUCUCGAAGCUCAUCCUCUUCAAUCCGCUAUUCAUUCUGCGGAUAAAACUCAGCAAGAGAUUAAACGCAAGAUUCUUGCCAACACUUAUGGCUCCGCUUUUCCUCUCAAGAUGGACCUCGAUCGCCAAAUUCUUUCCAGGUUUCAAAGGCCUCCUGGAUCAAUACCUUCUUCAAUGCUAGGGUUGGAGGCGCUUACAGGAGCUUUAGAUGAUAUUGGUUUUGAAGAUUAUCUGAAUGAUCCUCGUGAUUCAGAGUCUCUCCGGGUACCAGAUAUGCACAACGGCAUGGAAGUUCGUCUUGGCCUUUCUAGAGGACCAGUCUGUCCAUCUUUUCUCUGAUUUGUUGUCAUGGUUGCUGGAGAUGCUCUCUUAUAUGUUGAAGUUUUAUGUAUGAACGAUCUUAUAAUGUAAUUUAGACAUCUUAAUCUGCUAAGACUCUUGUUAUGGAAGAUGUGAGCUUCAUCUAAUGCACGGUCUUUGCUCUUGAUGUUCA